AUGAGUGUGGCCACCGGAGGGGAGGACUUUGCCGGGGGCGCACGCGCUCUCCUGCCUGCCCUCGGCUCGGCCGCCGGGAGCCUACCCGAUGACGAGCAGGCCGCCGCCGGUCGCCCGGAUACCACCGACCCCUCACUCUCGGCACAGAAGCGCAAAGGCCGGGCCCUGAUGAUGAAUCGUCUUGCGCGGCUGCGCAGCGCGCCAGCCGCCUCUGAGCCCGCUGCCGAGCCCGCCUCCGAGCCCGGCCCGGUGCCUGCCUCUGCACCCGUCCCGGAGCCUGUCUCCGAGCCUGUCUCCGAGCCUGUCCCCGAGGCCGCCCCGGCUGUCUCCUCGGCGGUGGUCGUGCCGGAGCCCCCUGCCGAAGUCCCCCUCCCGGCGGCCAUUCCGGAGCCGGUGGCCGGGUCGGCCGCCCAUGCCCAGCCGGUCCCUGCUUCUGGGUCUCUGCCCGAGCCGGUCCCUGCUCAGGUGGUUUCUCCGCCUCCGGCGACCACUUCGGCGCCGGAUGCCUCGUCGCUCUUUGCCGGGUCCGUCCCGGCGCCGGAUGCCUCAUCGCUUUUCGCCAUGUCUGCUCCGGGUCUGGAGGCGUCAGCAUUGUUUGGUGCCCCCGCCGUCGCCACCGCCGCCGGGGCCGCUGUCUCGCCGCCCUCUGCUCCGCCGGCCGUCGGUUUCCCCGGGGCGGCCCAGCCACUGUCACAGCCACUGUCGCAGCCGCAGCCGCAGCCGCAGCCGGUCACCGACUUUUCUCAGCUCUUCUUCCCGCUCCCCAUUGCUGAAGGGACAACCCCCCCGGCCCCGGGGCCCGUCACCUUCCAGCCCACCCCGGACACCUUCCACUCAAGCCCGGCCCCGGCCGCAAAUGCUCCCACCACCGAGCAGGAGGAGGAGUCCGCCUGGCCGAGCAUCCUCCAGCCGGUGCAGGCCCCCUUGGAGGCAUCGGCCUCCUCCAUGACCGUGACCGAUGCCCCGCCGGCCGUGUCGCCACAGCAAUUGGCCCACCCACCGCAUGCCACGCCGCCCCAGCAGCAGGUGGACAUCUCGCACUUCUUCCUGACGCCCGUAUCUCCCGGGAGUACGGCCGCCCCGUCGGCUACCACCACAGCCACGGCCUCGAAUGUUCUCUGGCCACUGUCGGAGCCGGAGCCGGAGCCGGAGCCGGAGCCGGAGCCGGAGCCGGCACCGGGGCCAGAGCCGCAGCUCGAGCCACAGCCGGUCGCCGUUCCCCCGGUCCCAGCUCCCACUUCGGGCCUCGAGCCGGCCGCCGUCAGCUCGCCAAAGAGUACUGGCGGCUCAGCCCAGUGGCGGCCGAUCGGCGGCCUGGACAUGGCCGGCUUCCCCGAGGCCGAGCCCUUCUUGGAGCCUUUCGCUCGGUCCAUCGUCGAGCCUCAUGCCGAGCCGCAUGCCGAGCCCCCGCCGCCCGGGCCUGCCAUCGAGCCGGCCCUUGAGCCUAUGCUGGCCCCGGCCCCGGCCCCGGCCCCGGCCCCGGCCCCGACGUCGGACGCGGCACAGGCCGCUCUUUUUGCCACGGCCGCCGUCAGCGGGCUUGCUCUGGGACCGGAGCCGGUGCUCGGCCUCGAUCAUGGCCAGGCUCCUGGCCAGGCCCAGGCCCAUGGGUCUGCGCAGCACCCGGCCCUUGUGACCCCGACGGCGGGCGAUCCCUCGGCAGCGGCGGCGGCGGCGGCGGCGGCGGCGGCGGCCACGGCCGAGGUCUCCAUCAGUAGCCAGGCCACCGAGCUCCUCAAGUGGGUGGCCAAUUUGAACACCCUGUUGGACCAGCACUCGCUGGCCGGCGCGGAUGAGCCGGCCCCCGUGGCCCAGCAUCCCCACCCGCCGGCCCUCGAGCCGGCGAUCGACCAGCCAGCGGCUUCGCAGGGGUACGCCCCGGCCGAGGACCCGGCCGAGCCGGCUGAGCUCUCGGCGGCCAAUGCGCUGACCGCGCUGUACGGGGCGCUGGAGCACCACCUGCCGCAGAUCCUGACCGAGCGUCAGCAACUGCGUGACGAGCUGGUUGCCAUGCAUGCGGCGCUGGUGGACCUGCGCGCGCAGCAGGCCACCACCGAGCGCGAGCUGGCCGAGUGCCUGGACCAGCGGGCCGCCCUGGAGGCGGAGCUGGCCACCAGCAGCCAGCAGAGCCAGCAGCAGGUGGCCCGGCAGCAGGAGCUCCUGGCCCGGCUGGCCGGCAAUGAGGAGGCCCUGCGCGCGGCGCGCGAUGCCCUCGGCGCGGAGCAUGCCCAUGUGGAGCUCCUGACGGGCAAACUCCUGCAGGCUACCGAGCAAUUGGCCAGCCUGAAGGCCGAGGCGGACUUGGCGGCGGCGGCGCGUGCGGCCGAGGCCGAGGCCGAGGCCGCCGACCGGGCCCUGGACCCGGAUGAGGCGGCCGAUCAUCCGUAUGCCGGGCUCUCGGCGCGGGCCCUGCGAGACAUUGCCCACUCCCUGCGGCUGGAGUUGGAGGAUGCCGAGGCUCGCCUGGCCGAGGCUCGGGCCGAUGCCGGGCUGGCGACCGAGUCGCUGGCGGCCUCGGUGCGCGAGGUCCAGGCACUGAAGGAGUCCCUCCAGGCGGAGGGGGCGUCGCGGCAGGCGCUGCAAGCCCGGGCCACCGGGCUGCAGGAGCGCGUGGCCCAGCUGGAGGCCCAGGCGGCGGCCAUGAAGGAGGUCGAGCAGCGGACCCCCUCGCUGGCCCUCUGCCGGACACGCAUCAAAGCCCUGUCCGAUGAGAAUACCCUUCUCCGGGCGCAGGUGGCCGACUUCGAGAAGUCGGGCCUGACUCCGGCCUCGCAGUCGGCCGCCGAGCACCAGGCCCGGCGGGAUUGGGCCUUCCAGUCGCAGAUCGACAUGCUGACGCAGGCAUUGCACAGCCAGCGCCAGUUGAAUCGCACCCUGCGCGAGCAGUCGGCCUCCUACACGGCGGAGAUCCGCCGGCUUCACGAUGGCCAGAGCGCUCUCUUUGGGCAGCUGGCCGCCGAGAAUGCCCGUCGCGGGAUGGCGGACAUGUCUUCCGAGGGGGACGCCCGGGCGGCCGCCUGGAUCAGUCUCCCCUCGAAGCGCCUGUUGGGCCGGUGCGCGGCCUUGCAAGAUCGCGUUGGGCAGCUCACGGCCGAGGGGACCGCCGCCACCGGGCGCAUCGCCGAUCUGGAGGAGGCCCUAGCCGGGGCCAAUGAGGCGCUGGCCGCCGCGCAGGCCGACCUGCAGGCCCUGCGCACCGCGGCCGACACGCACCAGCUGACUGUCGGGAAUCUGAACCAGCGGCUGGCCAGCCUGCUGGCGCACUCGGAGGCGCUGAACUUGCGCCUGGCCGAGCGGGACGCCGAGAAUGCGGCCGCCCUGCGCCGGGCGGCCGACCUGGAGCGCCAGCUCUUUGCCCUGCGCACUGAGCGCCAGGCCGAGCGCGAGGCGGCGGCCGCCACCGCCAGCAGCCUCGCCGAUGACCGGGCCGCCGCGCAGGCCGAGCUCCAUCGCGCGCGUCUGGCCCUUGGCGCCUCGCAGCAGCAGCUGGAGGCCGCGGUGGCCCGGGGCCGGGCAGCCCAGCAGCGGGCCAACCGGUAUGUGGCCUCGGACCGGGCCCUGCGCCGGGCCUUGAACCUGCCGUCCGAUGAUGAGGCCGACCAUUUGGGCAGUGGUCUGCCUGGUGCCGGGGCACCGGAUGACAGCACGGCAUCGGCCUCGCCGGCGUCCUCCGGCGGGGCGGCGUCGCCCCUGUCCGAGCAGGACCUGGCCGACUUGCUGCUGUCCGGGGCCACGCCGGACGCGGCCGCCAUCAAGCCCGGCACGGCUCUGACCCCGGAGCAGGAACGCCUGCUGGCCAGUGUCGCCCGGGUCCGGCAGCUGCAGGCGUCGCAUCGGCGGGCGCUGGCCGAGCAGGAGCGCCUGCAGGCCAGCAAUGCCGACCUCCAGGCCAGCCUGGACCGUGGCACCUCCGAGGCCACGCGCCUGCGCGCCCGCCUGGACCAGGCACACGAGACCACCCGGCGCCUGGAGGCCGAUCUGGCCGCCGCCAAUGAGCAGGUCGCCACGCUCGACGCGCAGGUGGCCCAACUGGGCGAGCGGAAUGCCGGGUUGACGGCGCAGGUGGCCGCCGCCGGGAUUGCCCAGCAGCGCCUGGUCCAGGACCGGGCUCGGCUGCUGCAGCAUGUCCGCCGGCUGACGGCCCAUCGGCACCGCACGUUGGAGGAUUUGACCGGCGUCCUGGAGGCCAUGGACCGGAUGGUGGCCUAUUCGGACGACCUGGGCCGGACGUCGGACCAGCGGGAGUCCUUCGUGCUGGAGUCCUCCUUCGACCGGUGCAUCCGCUCGCUCAAUGCCAUCCUCGACAUGCAGAUGGCCUUCCUCGACCGGGAGAUCGAUUCCCAACGGAGCAGCCUCGUUUCCGGGGCCUCGGAUGUGGGGGCAAUGGGUCUGGGGCCGACGGCUUCCGGGGGCGGCAUGCCCGCGGCGCCGGACACCCCGACUGCCCACCUGGACCUGAUGGCCCUGGCCCAGCAGGCCGGCCUGAUGGAGGACUUGGUCUUUGAUGCGGGCUCGGCCGGCGCCCCGGCGGCUGGCCUGUCCCCGGCUCGCGGCAAGCAGUCCGACGUGGAGGCCGACGCCCGGGCCGUGGCCCAGCUCCGCCAGCGUCUUGCCAAUGUUGGCCAUGUGUCACCGACCACCGCCGGCCGGAGCCAAGCCGCCGCCCCGGGCCACGCCACCAACCCGGCCUACCUGGGCGAGUCGUCGGCAGCCGGCUUCCUGUCUGCCAUGCACCAGGCGGACAGCCUCCUGUCAGCGGAGCUUCCCCCGAUGGCUGGCAGCAGCCGGCCGAACGGGGCGCAGUCGCAUUUUCAUGAGGGCCCGGCGUCUCCCCCUCGACAUGUGACUCCACCCACUGAAGUGAAGGGCCCUACCUUUGUCGACAUCCCCACCCCGCCGGCCGCGAUGACCGGCCUGCCGGGUGACAGCCCGGCCGGCACCGUGGCCGAGCCGCCCCCCCCGGGCGAGGCUCCGGCCGGUGUCCCGGUGCCCCGGGCCGCCCCGGUCGAGGAGGACCGCUCUCGGAAGGGGGUGGCUCCCCCUGCCCCGACGACCGGGGGGGGCCCCGGUCUUCCGAUUGCCAUGGCCACUGCUGCCCCGGUCGGGGUGGCGUCUCCGCCUCCGGCCGUGACCACCAGCCUCGGCGGCCGGACGACCGUUGUUCUGGACCAUGCGGUGGCCGCCUCGGAUCCGCUGGUCCUGCGGCUCCCGGUCGCCAGCAGCACCAAGCCGGUCAGCCCGCCGCCGGUGGUCUUCUUUUCGGAUGCGCCGGUUCGCACGCCGGACUUCGCCCCGUUGGCUGGCGGCGCGUCGGUGGAUGCCACCACCCUCAGCAGCCCCUCGGAGUCGGGCAUGGUGACCGCGCGCGAGUCGGCCGCCUCCUCGCCCGGGCUGAGUGUGGCCCCGGCGCCCAUGGGCCCGGCCAAGCCCCCCCCGGCCGAGGACCCCCUGUCCAAGUGGGCCGAGUCGGAGGAGGACACCGGCUUCGGCUCCUCGGCCGGCCUCCGGAGCAUCGGCCCGGGCGCCUCCGCCGGGGCCCCGGCGAUCGAUCCGCUUGCCAAGUGGGUGGAGGAGUCCGACGGGGAGGAGCAGGAGGAGGAUUUCCUCCCCCGGGGACCGGCCCCAACGGCGGCGGCGGCGGCGGCGGCGGCCCCGGCAUCGGCCGACCCGCUGGCCAAGUGGGUCGAGUCUGACGAGGAGGAGCAGGAGCAUGGUGGGGCUGCCGCCCGGCCCGCGGUCCGGAUGACCACCUUCCCGGCCCCGGCGGCGGGGAUGCCCCCCAUGGCGGGGGCCGCCUCCGGCAAGCAGCCAGUCGAUCCCCUGGCCAAGUGGGUGGACUCCGAGGAGGAGGAGGACGGGCAUGUGGAUCUGGACUUCGAUGGGGCCCCGGCCAUCGGGGCUCGGCGGAACUUUUCCCAGCUCGGCCUGGUUUUGCCCGGGGCCUUGGCGGCUCGCCCGACCGGGGUGGCCUCCUUGCCGAAGGCCGCCGGCGGUCGUCCGACCCUCAUCAGCUUGGAUAACAUGCACCUGGUCACGGGCCUCGGCCAGCGAUCUGCGGACGAGUCGCUCGUCGGGCGAUCGGCCUCUUCGCCGCCUCCGGAGGCCCAGCAGCCCCCGGUGAAAAUCCCGCGCACGGACACGUCCGGUAGCCGUGGCGGCGGCGGCGGCGGCGAUGAUGACUGGGAAUCCGCCUUCGAAGAGGAUCUGGAUCCGUCCUUCGCGCUGAGCCGCUUUGGCGCGUCGACCAUCAAGUUCUCCACCUCGGCCGCCGCGUCGCCGAUGGUUUCGGCCUCGCUGGCUGGGGGGACCACCUCGCCGGGGCUCGGCCAUGGCAUGGGGUCUGCCUCGUCACAGGGCGGCAGCGCGCCCGGCAGCAGCGGUAGUACCCCCUCCGGACGCGGGCAGGUGAUUGCCCUGAGCCAAGUGCGCGCGGCGUCGGCGCGCGGCGGCGCCACCUCGGAGAGCAUUCUGCAGCAGCACCAGGAGGAGGAGGAGGAUUACGAUUUCGACCUGCCGGCCGGUGACGGGCGCCUGGUUUUGACCGCCUCCGAUGUUCGGACCGCCCAGCACUCGGGGGCCGGUGCCAGUGGCGACCAUCGGCUGGUGAUGGAUCCGACCGGCGGUUCGGCCGUCGGCACCGGGCUGGCCCGCACCCAGAAGCCGCCUCUUCCCCCCGGAGCGGGGGUCCGGCCUGGCGGGUCGCAUGCCGGGGGGUCGGCCUCGUCCGCGCUGCUUGCGCAGACCAUGACCAUUGGCCGGACCCUGGGCCGGAGCAUGUCCUCCGGGACCAGCGGGGCCGGGCCUUCGGGCGGCGGCGCGGCCCGCGGAGGCAGCAUGCGUCUGAAUUUCACCGAAAACAAGACCUGGUCGCGUGGGCAGCUGAAGAACGCCAUCCUCGGCGAGGCGUCCCUCAAGAAUGAGGCGGAUUCCUGGCUGCAAUUUGACAACCCCACGGGCGAGGUGGAAACCGAGGCCAGCCCAUUGCUGGCGCCGAUGUCCGCGGCCGGGGCUGCUCCCUCCCCUCGGCUGGACCAGUGGCAGGAGUCCGAGGCUGACAGCCGGGAUUGGGGCUCGCACUGGGGCGGUGGCUCGGCCAGCGGUGGGGACUUCAGCGAUUCGUCGUUCCUGUUCACGCCGCGCGAGGUCCCCUUGUCGGGUCCUGCCCCGGGGGCGGGGGGCCCCGCUGCGGGGCCGGCCCCGGCGACUACCGCCAGCUUUGGCAGCAUGCCCGAGGCCCUGGAGUCCGAGCAGUCUGAGCCGGAGCAGCAGGCGACCUUCGGCCGGCGGGCGUCCCGGCGUGCGCGCAGCCUCUCCGGCAACGGGGUCUUCCCCGGGCCGGCUGCCGCCGGUGGCUCCGGGUCGAUUCCCUCUUCAGACACCGAAGUGGCCCCGAGCACCCCGGCGCGGGGCCCGGCCCCUGUUGCCGAUCCGCUGCCGACGGCCGAGCAUCCCACCGAUCCGGAUCGCAGCCCGGCGGCCAUUCGCCUGCUGUCGCUCUUCUCGCCGCCGGCUCCGGCUGCGGCCCAGGCUGCGGCCCCGGUUGCCGCUCAGCCGGCUGCCGCCUCGCCCUCGGCCGAGGGCCUGGCUCCCCGGCCGCCCUCGCCGCCACCCUCGUAUGAGGAGCUGGCUGCUGCGACGGCCCCUCUUGCCGAGGAGCAGCAGCCCGUGCCGAUGGUGGCGCCCAUGUCGCGCACGUAUUCGGCCGCGCCGCCACCCCUGCCGGGAGCCGCCGCGACCGCGGCCACCCAUUCGGCCCCCCCUCCUGGCGGCCCGGCCCUGCCGCAGCCGGUGCAUCUUCACGCCCAGCAGCAGGCCCCCCUGUCCGGGCGUAUGGCCCCGCAGGUCUUCGACCUCGGCAACCUGGCCAGCAUUCCCACCCCCUCGCUGUUCAUUCCCCAGCCGCCGGGGCUCGGAGCGCCUGGGGCCGGGGCCCCGCUCUUCCAUCCCGGUGGCGCCGGCGGCGCCGGGCCCACCAUGAUGGUGCCUCCUUCUCCCUUCGGCGGCGCCCCCGGUGCCGGGCUUCUUCCUGGCUCCAUGGAUCACCAUCGCAUUGGCGCUGGCACCGGCCUCGACACAGGGGCCUUCUCAGAUAGCGACUUCGUGUCGGCCGACGACGGCAGCGACAUGGACGCCUUCUAG